CUCUUUUUUUUCCGCUUUUUUCGCCUCUCAAUCCUCCUCCACCCACAUUCACCGGCUGCAAGGCAUGUCCUCCGUCGCUUCAACAUCCAAAGUGACGUUGGGUCUGCUCCAGAAGGGGGCUUCGGCUUCGUUGUGGAGUGCCACCUGCGACCUGGCGGCCAGGUCACGGGCACCGCCCGUCUGGACCGCAAACAGGAGCUCCGACUACCGUACCCGGAGGUCCUUUUCGCAGUCUCGGGCCGCCUGGAGCGUCUGGCCUUCAGGGAUGGAGCCUGGCUCUGAGAGGAAGAGGGGAGAAGCACAGCAGAGCACCUCGGCACAGGCAUCCUCGACGUCAGGCCUGCCCAAGUACCACCCACCACGCUCGAUCACAGUGCAAGACCUGCAGGAAAUGAAAGAGAGACAGGAGCCGAUAGCAAUGCUCACGGCAUACGACUAUCCAUCGGCCCUGGCACAUAGAAGCGCAAAAGUAGACAUCAGCCUCAUUGGAGACUCGCUCGCCAACGUGGCCCUGGGCCACCCCACGACGCAGCAGCUCGACAUCGAUGCAAUGGUGCACCAUUGCGCUGCCGUAUCGCGAGGCGUCAACGACCCGAUAUUGUCCCACCCCUCGCUGCCGCCCACACCGCUCAUCAUUGCCGACCUGCCCUUUGGCAUCGCGCAGCUGCCCCUCGAAGCCGCCGUGCCCGCCGCCCUGGACGUGGUGAGAAAGGGCCGAUUGCACGGCCUCAAGAUCGAAGGCGGCCGAGAAGUGAUUCCCCUCAUCUCGCACCUGACCUCGUUCGGCACCGCCGUCAUGGCGCACAUCGGCCUGCAGCCCCAACGCUUCUCCUCAGCCUCGGCCCUGUCACUCCAGGCAAGAACUGCCGUCGAGGCCAUUGAGCUCCUUGACGAAGCGCUCGCUCUCGAAGAGGCAGGCGCAUUCGCCAUGCUCAUCGAAUGCGUGCCUGGCCGGGUCGCAGCCGAGGUGACGAAGCGCCUCAGGAUCCCCACGAUUGGCAUCGGCGCAGGAAAGGGCACCGAUGGCCAGGUGCUGGUCCAGGACGAUAUCCUGGGCGAAAUCAACUCCCCGCUCUCCCUCCUGAGGGUCCUGGAAGCGCAGGAGCAGGGAGGUGAAUCUCCAUCCUCCAGUCUGUUGCCCAAGCCGAGUGCGCCAACGACGCCCCGCUUCGUGCGCAACUUUGCGAUGCAGGCGACUGGAACGACUGGAGGCGCCGUGCGCGUGGCCGCCGUGCAAGCGUAUGUCAAGGCCGUCAAGGAGCGCACCUACCCAAACGACGAAGAGGGCUACAAGAUGAAGAGAGAGGAGUGGGCGGCGCUCAAGGCAUGGCUCGAGGAGUUUGACCAGCAAGAGGCAGCAACGGCAGCUGCCGAAGAAGGCCGCCAAUCCGCUGACGAGGUCAUUGUUUGAAGGUUCCAAACCUGCUUUGUACUAUUGUCUGUUUGGACGUGCAGUCCGAUAGGAAUGAAAGAAGAAAGAGAAUGCCUCC